AUGAAGAACCCGCCGGACUUCGCCGCUCUGCAGACCACAGGGGGCGCUGAUGGCAACAAGCCCGUCUACCCGACCUCAUUCCCGCCGCCGAACAUGAGCAUGCCGCCACCAGGGGGCGCCAUGCCCGGCCUGCGCCUGCCCGGCUUCCCGCCGCUGCCCUCUGGCGGCGCGAACCAGAAGCCGCGCGGCUCGUUCGUCGCGCCGCCGACGCCGGCGCCCUCUGAGAUCGCCAAGUCGAUGUUCGCGGGCCAGGGCGGCGGCGGCGGCGUCGCCAGAUUUCAGCAGCGAUUCGGGUCGCCCCCCGGCGGCGGAGGGUUUGCGCGUCCGCCUCCGACGAGCGCGGCGCCGUUCCCGCCGUUCCCCGCCGGCGCGCCAACGUCGUCCGCGCCGCGCCCGGGAGCGCCACCUGCCGGCGGGAUGAGCGCGGCGACGAGCAUCCCUCAGCUGAUCCCGUCGCUGCUCGCGGGCCACUCCGGCCUCCUGGGGAGCGCGCCGCCCGCGUCGGCGCCACCUGGCGGCGGCGGCGGAGGUUCGCAAGGGGGCGCCGACGUGCCGCGGAGCAUCAACGAGUUUCUGUCGAACUGGGCGAAGAAGAACAUCAAGCCGGACAUUCCCGGUG